UUCUGGGCAGCAGGGAUGGAAGGGAAAGCAGAGCAGCCUGACACAUCACAGCCAGGCCCACGCUACCUGUGGUCCCUGUGGCUUGGGGCUGGGCUGAACUCUGAGCCUGGCCCCGGCCACGCCUUUCUGCUCUUUUUAAAGGUUGUAGAAGCAGCCGGUUUGCUGCUGCGCUGCUUCCUCUUCGGGGAGAGGAGAACACUCUUCAUGUCUUGGCGUGAGCUGCUGCCCCCCUGGCUGGUGAUCCUAGCGGGACUGACGGGCAUCGUGCUGCUCUGUGUCUCCACCAAAGAUGUGCCCCUGGCCCCACUCAGGACCAAGUAUGGCAUUGUUCUGGAUGCUGGCCCAUCCCGCACCAUCCUCUUCAUCUACCAGUGGACAACCACCAAGGCAAACAAGACUGGGGUGAUCAGAGGAUGCAGUUCCUGUCCUGUGCAAGGUCCAGGAGUCUCCAGCUACUCAGAUUCUCCUCAGAAAGCUGGGAAGAGUUUGGAGCCAUGUUUGAACUGGGCCCAGAAGGAGAUCCCAGCAGAGCAGCACAGCCAAACCCCCCUGUACUUGGGAGCCACUGCCAGCAUGAGGCAGCUGAACCUCACCCAUCCCAUCCUCUCUGACAGUCUCCUUGCAGCUCUGACUGGCACCCUGAAGUCAUCCCCCUUCAGAUUUCAAGGGGCACAGAUCCUGUCCAGCCCAGAGGAAGAAGCAUUCAAUUGGGUUGCUGUUAACUACAUCCUGGAGAACUUCUUCAAGUAUGACUGGCAAGGACAGUUGGUCCCCUCCAGGAAGGGGAUGGCAGGAGUCCUGUCUGUGGGAAGAACCUCAGCAAUGCUCACUUCCGAGCUGGAAAAAGAGAAGCAGGCCCCAGAGGAGGGAGUGAGGCUGCAGCUCUAUGGGAAGACACACAGGGUACACACCCACCAGUGCCCCUGCCACAGCAUGGAGCAGCUCCGCAGCAGGCUGCUCUCUGUGCUCAUCCAGGAUCAGAGAAGUGCUAAAACCGUGUCCAAUCCCUGCUGGCCCCUCACCUACUCCCAGGAGGUGCAGUGGCAAUCGGUGCAUGCUGGGCCUUGUGCUGCCAGUGAUGACACACAGGACAUCCCUGGCCCCAAGGAGGUCUUCAACAUCACGGGCUCCAGCAAUCUCACAGCCUGCAUGAACCUCGUGCAAAGCCUGCUCAACUCUUCCUCUUCCUGCAGCUUCUUCAAGCAUUCCCUCAGCAGUGGUCUCAAGCCCCUUCAGACCAGGCUUCUGGUGGUUUCUGAGGCCAUGGACUUCCUGAGAGGAGCUGCACCUUCUCCUGACUUGGGUCAGGCUGUCCAGAGGCUGUGUGGGAUGUCUGUCAAAGAGCUGAUGAGGGAGUCCCAGGCAAGCCUGGAUACACUUGUUGAUUAUUGCACUGUGUCUGCAUUCAUCUUCCAUCUCAGUACAAGAGGAUACACACUUGACUUUGACUGGCCUGCUUGGACUGCAUUCCAGAAGAUGGGUGACAGAUCAUCUGGCUGGACUCUUGGGUACCUGCUGAGUCUGACCAGCACCAUCCCCCAGGACAGCCCAAGCUUCCUCAAGGGCAUCGAGCCAGGGGUCUGGUCCUUGCUCCUGAUCCUCUUCGUGGUGCUGCUCAUGGGCUCCUUCCUGCGCAUCUCAUACCGAGUGAUGGCCAAGGAGAGCAGCUCCAGCCACAGGAACAGCAGCGUUUUCGAUGACUGAUGGCUUUCUGUGACUCAGGACUCUUGUCAGAGCACAGUUAACAGGGUCCAGAUGGAAAUCACAGAGGUGUAAGUCACUGGAGGAUGCAGUGAUUUUCCUGCAGGGCUCCCAGCAACUUGCUGGUACUUGCACUGCUGUACUUUGAGACAAUGGAUCCUGCUCCACAGGAAGUCUGUGAUUCCUGGUGGAUGGCAAGCUAUACAUUCUCCAAACAAGAACAGCCUGCAUGGCUCUUCCUUGGGUUACAGCUGGGAUUACUCAUGUCAGACAUGAAAUGAUGCCUCUGAGCAGCCAGGCCCUGAGCUGUUGUGAAGCUAAUACUGUAUAAUCCUGUCAGAUCAGAAGAGGUGGUGUCUGAAAAAUGUGCUCUGUCCUCUUCUGUGGCCUCUCAAGAGAUGAUACCUGCAGUAUUGCCAUUAGUGAAGACUGAAGGGGCAUUAAAACACAGCCAGAAUGUAAGAGCCAACUGCUUCCAUGCUCUAGGGAAAAUGCAGGUAUUUUCUGCCUGGUCUGUCUGUGCCUUCAUGUCAGUGAUGAUGGCCACGUGUCCCUUCCAAUGAACGCUCCUUGCUGACCAGGAAUCCUUCAAAACCAGUCCUUCUUAGUCUUGGCCUCUACAAAAUGUGCAGAGGAUCAAAGGAGCAACAAAGGGCACAGAUGCACAGCUGAAUUUUUGUCUCUCAGCUGAGUCACGGCCACACAGGGUUAAAAUUGCCAAUUUAAACUCUUUAGCAAGGACUCAAAUGAACACAUUUAAUUUCACAUUUGCUAAAGCUGGGCUCAUGCUGGGCUGAGGCUCACCUGUUUGUUCAUUUGCACUGACCUGUUUCUCUUGCUGACUCUGAAAGUGUCUCAGCUGACACUGCCCUUUAGACCAGAGCAGACUCAGGAACAGAAGCUUUCCUAAUUGUCACUUUCAUAUUUCACCAUGACCAGAGUUACUUUAUGAUCUAAUAAUCAGGAUUCCCCUGGGACCUGGCAGUCAUUCCAGCUCAUCUGGUCUGUUCUGCACGUCUGAAAGAUGAGGUGCUGUACAAAUUCUGAGUUACUGUGAAGAAAAGGGAUCGAUUCACAAGCACUGUCCUUUGACUAAGGCAUUUAGAGCUCUCUUCACAACUGCUUCAGAGACUUAAAACACACAGACUGUCAAGAGCCUCAGGGAUGAGUGUCUCCAAGGCUUUUCAGACCACUUUAAACAGAAAUGUAAAUGCUCACAGAUGCAGUGGUGAACCUUGCAGGAUUUUUAAAGCUACCAUGGCACCUAAAUCCUUUCAAAUCUGAUUAUUCGUCCCUUGUGCUCCCAACUGAUAACACAGGACAUGCACACCCCAUAAUAUUGGGGUAUUCAUGCAUUUUCAGGUUAAUGAAGAUUUGGAACCUGCCAGUCAAGUUUAGAGGGCUGUGGAAACAGACUUAAGCUUCAUAUUCAUUUCUUUGAGUUGCACGUUAGAUAUUUUUAAUUGUAUCAUGUCAUUAAAGAUGUUUUAAUAGAC